GCAGACUUGGAUGCGACGAAAACCCACUACAAAGUUUGCUCGGACCACUUUGAUUCAGGUCGACCAGCAGCUUUGUAUGAUGAAUUGAGCAUAGACUGGGCGCCAACCAUUAACUUGGGCCACAAGAAGCUAUGUCAAAGCACCCUUCUCAUCAGUCAGCAACGAUAUGAGCGAUCAAAACGACAUCAACCCCAGACCAAGGAACCCCAAGACCAAGCAACACUUCUAAACCAAAACAACAAAGACAUAAGUGUUCUGGAAGGUCGGGCAGCAGGAAACAGCUCAGAGCUUCAGCGGGCCAUGAAGACAGUGGAAAGAGCAACAAUCAAUGAACAGUACUUCAAAGAUGAUGAUAAAGUGAAGUUUUACACUGGACUUCCGACACAUACAGUUUUGAUGGCAGUCUUCAAUUUUGUACUACCUAAAAUUCCUGUGAGGAAAAUUCUGACACCAUUUCAGCAACUUGUACUGGUUCUGUUGAAACUUAAGUUAAACCUGAAGCACAAAGAUCUUGCUUUUCGUUUUCAAGUGAGCGAAGCUACAGUGUGCCGCAUAUUUUCUCUGAUGUUGGACAUUCUAUCUACCCAGCUGUCACCACUGAUAAUGUGGCCUUCCAGAGAGACCUUGUGGAAAACAAUGCCAAUGGAUUUCAGACAAGCCUUUGGCAAACAUGUUGCCGUGAUCAUUGAUUGCUUUGAAGUAUUCUGUGUCCGUCCAUCAAGUGUAGAGGCAAGAGCACAGACAUGGUCGAAUUACAAGCACCACAAUACAGUCAAAUUCUUGAUAGGUAUCACCCCUUCAGGCAUCAUAUCAUAUCUGUCUUCAGCAUGGGGAGGAAGGGGAUCAGACAAAGCCAUCACACUUCAGUCUGACUUCUUGUACAAACUGUUACCCGGUGACUACGUUUUAGCUGAUCGAGGAUUUAACAUUUCUGAUGAGGUCGGAUUCUACUGUGCACAGCUUCUGACGCCAGCCUUCUCAAAAGGCAAGCCCCAACUUUCAGUACUGGAUGUUGAGAGAUCACGGAAAAUUGCUCACCUUCGCAUACAUGUUGAACGUGUCAUCGGAGAACUGAGAGAGACUUACAGCAUUUUGUCUGAAAAAGUUCCAUGGGAAUCCUUAGUUACAUCUGAGAAAUAAAAGGUGCCUAAAGUUGAUAAAAUUGCGCAAGUAUGUUGUGCGCUCACCAACUGUCGCGAGUCGGUGGUUCCACUUAACUAGGGGGUUAGUGUACUGCUGCAUCUAAGGCUCAUAAUGUCACUGGCUUACUUCACAUUCAAAAACCAUGCAAAAGAGUGUACUUUUCAUGCUACUACCUGUUGAAUGCAAAUUCGUAAAAGUUUUGAGCUGUAAUUGCAAAUUUCCUGUGUUUAUGCUAAUGAAAAUUUGCAUAUUCACGAGCAAAUUUAUGAUGUCAUGUGGGCAACAGCAGCAGUAAUUACAUACACUGGUGAUAAAAAGUUGAACGAUUUUUAUUUUCCUAUGACUUUUCCUGUAUCUAUUGACCUGAUUAGAUUGGUACCUGCUUUGUAAUGAUUCGGUACAAGUUGUAGGGUGUCAAAACAACUUAGUAGACUCAAGCUGCACCUUGAAGUUUUAUGUGUUUUCUUUACUUUUUAGCUCUGGGUUCCCUUCAUGAAACAGCACAAACAAUGCCCUUGUAUUUCAUGAAAAAUUUAAAGAGUCAAAAGGAGUGCUUUCUUGUGACCCUGAAACUAACUAAAGCAUACUGGCAUGUAUGUACUGAGUUCUUUGGUUAGAAAUUGGUUUUCAAUUUAAUUGCACCCACCCUUUAAAAGAAAUAGAAUAAGAUCUGUUUGUUACAAAAUCAUCAGUUAAAACAACCAUUUCAUUUUGAUGGUUAAUUGCCAUAUUGUUAAAAUACAUCUCCUUAUAUUUUAAAGUUUGUAAACAGUAAAGGGUUUAAAACUUUCAAGGUUUUAAAGUUUGUUAACAGUAAAGGGUUCUGUGCACAUGCUGUUAUCUACAUGUACAUGUAACAUGUACCUCUGUAUAGAUUUAUUAACUUAUUGCAAUCUAAUAUACAUAAAUCUAUUUUACAAUGAAUGUGAAUAAAUUUGUAAAAUUUCUAUAGUACUUAGACAUGGAAAUCUAUAUAUGUACUCCACAAAACAACAAAUUUUAUUUGUGGUCAAUAAAUUCUAAGUUCACACACAUAUGGUUAAUUUUAAGUAUACAUUGCUGUUUUUUAUUUAAAAUGGAUGCAAUGCUCAUGAAAUGUCAAAGCAACUUUUCGAUGUGUUUAAUUUCUCAUCUAUGACCCACAGAAAAAAAUAAACCUGUCAGCUAAUACAGUCGAGUCUCGUUAAUACA